GUCUGCUGAAGGCGUCCGACGGAGGACUUACAUAGUCCACGUGCAACCGCCGGAGUCUGCCGCGCUCGGCGCCUCCUCCGACCGGGAGAGUUGGUACCGGUCGUUCGUCGCGACAGUCUCGUCGGAGGUGCAAAUGGUCCACAUGUACACUAACGUCAUCAGCGGCUUCGCUGCUCGGUUGACGGAGUUGGAGCUGGAGGCCAUGUCCGUGAUGCCCGGCUUCGUCCGUGCCUACCCCGAUCGCAUGUACCGCCUCCAGACCACCCACACGCCGGCCUUCUUGGGGUUGCUCAUGCAUCAGGGCUUGUGGAACGCGUCGAACUACGGCAAGGGGAUCAUCAUCGGGGUGCUCGACACCGGCGUCUUCCCUGACCACCCUUCCUUCAGUGGCUUAGGGAUGCCACCGCCGCCCGCUAAGUGGAGAGGGCGGUGCGACUUCAAUGCGUCCAGCUGCAACAACAAGCUCAUCGGAGCAAGAUCGUUCAUCAGCGGCGCGAUGGCCAUGAAGGGCAAAGCGGUGGCCUCGGACUCUCCGAUCGAUGAUGAUGGCCACGGAACCCACACUACCAGCACCGCCGCGGGAGCGGCCGUGCCGGGGGCGGACGUGCUCGGGAACGCCAAGGGCAUGGCCAUCGGCAUGGCGCCCCUCGCCCACGUCGCCAUGUACAAGGUCUGCGGCGAAAUUGACUGCGCCAGCAGCGACAUAUUGGCCGGGAUGGACGCCGCGGUAGCUGAUGGAGUCGAUGUGCUCUCCCUCUCCCUCGGCGGGCCCUCGCUACCAUUCGACGAGGACACGAUCGCAGUGGGCGCCUUUGGGGCGAUCGAGAAGGGAGUGUUCGUAAGCUGCGCGGCAGGCAACUCUGGCCCAGUAUCGAGCACGCUGUCAAAUGAGGCGCCAUGGAUCCUCACGGUCGCCGCCAGCACCAUGGAUAGGAACAUAAGGGUGACAGUAAUGCCCGGCAAUGGGUUAUCUUUCGACGGAGAGUCCCUUUUCCAGCCAAACUCGUUUCCCCCGGCUCUCUACCCUUUGGUGUACGCCGGAGCUAACGGCAGUCCGGCCACUGCCCUGUGCGCCAAUGGUUCUUUCGACGGCUUCGACGUCAAGGGCAAGAUAGUGCUGUGCGACCGUGGCGGAGGUAUCGCGAGGCUCGAGAAGGGCGCCACCGUACUGAGUGCAGGCGGCAUUGGCAUGAUCCUGGCGAACCAAGCCACCGACGGGUACAGCACUCUGGCCGACGCUCAUGUCCUCCCGGCGUCGCAUGUCGGUUUUGCUGCCGGAGAUCAGAUCAAAGCUUAUAUCAACUCGUCUUCCAAUCCAACGGCGGCCUUCCUUUUCAAGGGCACGAUACUCGGCACGUCCCCAGCUCCGGCGAUCACGUCCUUCUCUUCGAGAGGCCCCAGCUUAGCUAGCCCUGGGAUUCUGAAGCCGGACAUCACCGGGCCCGGCGUAAGCGUCUUGGCGGCGUGGCCUUUCCGCGUCGGGCCACCCUCCAACUACACCGGUACCACCUUCAACAUCAUAUCGGGCACCUCCAUGUCCACCCCUCACCUAAGCGGGAUUGCCGCUCUCAUCAAGAGCGCGCGCCCGGACUGGUCGCCCGCCGCCAUCAAGUCCGCGAUCAUGACGACCGCCAGCGUGGUAGACCACAGCGGGAAGCCGAUCGUGAACGAACAACUCCUCCCGGCCGACCUCUUCGCUAUCGGUGCCGGCCACGUCAACCCGGUAAAGGCCGGCAACCCCGGCCUGGUGUAUGACCUCUCUGCCGACGACUACAUCGCCUACCUCUGUGGCCUGGGCUACGCAAACAAGCAAGUCUCGGUGAUCGCCAGGAGGACGAUUGAUUGCUCCGCCGUCAGCAGUAUCCCAGAGAAGGACUUGAACUACCCUUCCAUCUCGGUGACGCUCGGUGGCAACACGACCUACGCGGUGGUGGAGCGGAGGGUGAAGAACGUGGGCAACGCGGCGUCCACAUACUGGGCGGAGGUCGGGGCGCCAUAUGGGACGUACGUGCGCGUCCACCCGCCCGUGCUGAGCUUCAACUACGUGAACCAAGAGAAGAGAUUCUUCGUAGCGUUCAAGAUGGUGGGCGGCGGCGGCGGCGGGUCGCAGGGCUACUUGAAGUGGGUUUCGGUCAACCAUGAGGUGAGGAGUCCGAUCUCCAUCACGUACACAAACUAAAACGAACUGCGCGAUCCACAACGUGGUCAUGCAUCUCAUUUGACUACGUUUUCGUUCGAUUGCUCGGCCAUAACUCCAACACAAGUUUGGCUUGACAGAAUGUUCGACCAUGUUG